CCCGAACCCCCCCCCAUGACCCCCCUUUGGCCUCCCGCCAUCGGGGGCAGUCUCGGGGCCCCCGUGCAAGCCCCGCCCCUCCGGUGCAAGCUCCGCCUCCCUUCAGUACAAGCACCGCCCCCCGCUCCACCUCCCCGGGAGACAAGUGUGGCAGAGAGGCCGCCGCGCCGCCAGGCGGCGCACUCCCGCCUCCGCGCCCCCCCCUCCCCCUUUGUGAUUGGCACUGCGGAUAGCCAAUGGGAGAGGUGGAAAAUUCCAGAAGCGAGAGGGGGCUCGCGCCAAUGGGCGGCCAGCGCCGGCAGUCGCGACCAACCGGCGCGCGGGGGCGGGCCCUUCCGCUGGCUUCCGGCGGGGAGGCGGGGCUGGAGGGAGGCGGGCACCGCUUUCCCUGUCGGCCAAUGGGGAGGCGGGACUACAGCCGGCGGCCAAUGGAAGUGCGCGCGGGGGCGGGCGGGCGGAGCCGGCGGCCAAUGGGGCCCGGGAGGGCGGGGCGCGAGGUUUCUAGCAGCUUCCAGAAGGCGGCGCGUUAGCGGCGGGAGCGGAGCGAGCCGGGCCGCCAUGGAGGAGGCACAGGAGCUGAAGGAGCGGGGGAACCGGGCGCUGGCGGCGGGGGACGUGGUGGGGGCCGUACGCCAUUACACGGCCGCCAUCGCCCUGGAUGGCCACAACCACGUCCUCUUCAGCAAUCGCUCGGCUGCCUACGCCCGUCAGGGUGACUACGCCCGCGCCCUGGCCGAUGCUUGCCGCACCCUUGAGCUGCGCCCCGACUGGGCCAAGGGGUACUCACGCAAGGCGGCGGCGCUGGAGUUCCUGCAUCGCUUCGAGGAGGCCAAGGCGGCUUACGAGGAGGGGCUGAAGCACGAACCGGGCAACGCGCAGCUGAAGGAGGGGCUGAGGGGGGUGGAGGCACGGCUGGCUGAGCGAAAGCUGCUGAACCCCUUCAGUGUGCCGGACCUGUACGGGCGGCUGGAGGGGGACCCCCGAACCCGGGCGCUGCUGGGGGACCCUGAGUACCGGCGGCUGCUGGAGCAGCUGCGCAGCCACCCGGCCCAGCUGGGCACGAAGCUGCAGGACCCCCGGGUGAUGACGACCCUGAGCGUGCUGUUGGGGGUUGACCUGAGCGGGGCCGAGGAAGAGGAGGAGGCCCCUUCCCCACCCCCUCCACCCCCUCCCCAGCCCCCUGCCCAGCCCCCCCCACCCCAGGAGCUCCCCGAAAACAAGAAGGAGGCACAGAGGGAGAAGGAGCUGGGCAAUGCCGCCUACAAGCGGAAGGAGUUCCCCACCGCCCUGGCUCACUACACACGUGCUGAGGAGCUGGACCCCACCAACAUGACCUAUGUCACCAACCAAGCAGCCGUCUACUUCGAGACGGGUGACUACAACCGGUGCCGAGAGCUGUGUGAAAAAGCCAUCGAGGUGGGGCGGGAGAACCGGGAGGACUACAGGCAGAUUGCUAAGGCGUACGCUCGCAUCGGGAACUCCUAUCUGCGGGAGGAGCGGUACAAAGACGCCGUGAACUUCUACAACAAGUCGUUAGCUGAGCAUCGCACGCCUGAUGUGCUCAAGAAGUGUCAGCAGGCAGAGAAGAUCUUAAAGGAGCAGGAGCGGUUGGCCUACAUUGACCCUGACCUGGCGCUGGAGGAGAAGAAUAAAGGCAACGAGUGUUUUCAGAGAGGGGAUUACCCCCAGGCCAUGAAGCACUACAGCGAGGCCAUUCGCCGCAACCCCCACGAGGCUCGGCUCUACAGCAACCGCGCCGCCUGCUACACCAAGCUGCUCGAGUUCCCUCUGGCCCUCAAGGACUGCGAGGAGUGCAUCCGCCUGGAGCCCUCCUUCAUCAAGGGCUACACCCGGAAGGCGGCGGCGCUGGAGGCCAUGAAGGAUUACAGCAAAGCCAUGGACGUCUACCAGCGCGCCCUCGACCUCGAUGCCACCUGUAAGGAGGCCGGGGAGGGCUACCAGCGCUGCCUGCUGGCGCAGUACAACAGGCAGGACACCCCCGAGGAGGUGAAGCGCCGUGCCAUGGCCGACCCCGAGGUGCAGCAGAUCAUGAGCGACCCUGCCAUGCGCCUCAUCCUGGAGCAGAUGCAGAAGGACCCCCAGGCCCUCAGCGAGCACCUGAAGAACCCCGUCAUCGCCCAGAAGAUCCAGAAGCUGAUGGACGUGGGGCUGAUCGCCAUCCGGUGACGUCACCCCCCUGUCCCCCCCCCCAGGGACCCCCGACCCCCUGGGGACACGGGUGUGGGGGGUCCCAGGGGGGUCGGGGGGUGCUGCCCCUCCCACCCCCCCAUCUUGUGUUGGUUGUGGGGGGCCGUGACCCCCAAUAAAGAGCGGAGCAGUU